AUGAGCGCCAACACUACCCUCACGGCUGCUUCGGCAGAGCAGAGCAGCGCCAACAGCAAGGUGAACGGCGGCGCCGGUGCCGGCGCGCUCAUGCCCACCACCCCGAUGCCAACGUCCGCCGAACUCCACCUCUCCAAAUCCGGCAGCAAAUCCUUCAAUAUACCGUCAACCGGACGCUCGGGUCAGAAGCGCGGUGGUCGGCGGGAGUCGCUGGUGGCGCCGCCGCCGCCGCCGUGGUGCUCGGCUCCGGAGAGGAUACGUGGAGGUGGCGACCGGGCGGCCGCCACGGAGCGGCCCCCGCAGCCGGUGUGCUGGGUGGAGAUUUCGGAGUCCGUCUCACGGCUCUGCAGCUUCGACGCCGCUGGUAGUGGUGGCGGUAGCAUCUCUGUAAAAGUUAUUCAGGAUUCUAGACCUUUACAUGAUAAAGUUGUUGAUUCUUUCUUGAACAAGUUUUUUCCAUCAGGUUAUCCAUACAGUGUGAAUGAGGGUUACUUAACUUAUACCAGAUUCCGAGCACUACAGCAUUUCUCUAGUGCUAUGCUACAUGUGCUGUCAACACAGUCCUUGCUUUUUGCUGCAGGUUUGCGACCUACCCCGGCACAAGCAACUGCUGUAAGUUGGAUUCUAAAAGAUGGAAUGCAGCACGCAGGAAAGCUCAUUUGUAGCAGCAUGGGGGCAAGAAUGGAUUCUGAACCAAAGAGUUGGAGGAUACUUGCUGAUGUUCUCUAUGAUCUUGGUACUGCCUUGGAAGUCGUUUCACCUCUGUGCCCACAGCUUUUCCUUGAAGUAGCAGGCUUGGGAAAUUUCGCAAAGGGAAUGGCCGUUGUUGCAGCAAGAGCAACAAGGCUUCCAAUUUACUCUUCUUUUGCCAAAGAAGGCAACCUUAGUGAUUUAUUUGCUAAAGGGGAAGCCAUCUCAACACUUUUCAAUGUCAUGGGAAUAGGAGCUGGAAUUGGAUUGGCAUCUACUGUUUGUUCAACAACUCAAGGGAAGUUAAUUGCAGGCCCGUUACUUUCCGCAGUGCAUAUAUACGGAGUUGUCCAAGAGAUGAGAGCAACUCCUGUAAACACACUCAACCCACAAAGAACAGCAAUGAUUGUGGCUGAUUUUAUUAAGAGUGGAAAGGUUUCUAGCCCAGCUGAGCUAAGAUACAGAGAAGAUCUUCUGUUUCCUAACCGAGUUAUAGAAGAAGCUGGAAGUGUGAAGAUCGGACAGCCACUCCGCAGAGUCUUGAGUCCGAGGCUCGUUGAGCAGCUGAGGGCAAGUUUCCCAGACGAGAAGUUUUUGCUUACCCAAAAAAGCAACAAGACAUACAUGGUUCUUGAGCAAAGCGCGAGCGGAGAGGACGCGUUAAGGGGGUGGCUGGUUGCCGCAUUUGCUUCAGAGAUGGAGAGGUCAGGCAUCGGUUCACGUGACGCGGUUCUGAACGAAGCCUAUGAGAAGACGAAGAGGGUCUUCCCCGCUUUUGUAUCAGAAGUUAGGAGUAGAGGGUGGUACACAGAUCAGUUUUUGGAUGGGAACGGUAGUCGAGUUGCUUUUGCAAAGUCUCAGUAG